AUGGAGAUUUAUCCUAAAAAGCCAAUCAGGAUCGCCUCAAAGGCAGAGUUGGAUAAAGAGAUGCGGCGAAUCCAACAACUCUUUAGCAAGGGCGAAACAGAAGAAACGUGGGAGUUCUUUAAUAUUGCAUUGAAAAACCUUGGUGUCUGGACAUUGGAAGAUAAGGCACACGAAUACGAUGGUUUUGUAGAUCAUUUAAAAAUGUUGCAAAGACCUUUGAUCAAAACUCUUACCACUGAACGCACACGACUCUCUGGUGCAGCAACAGAGUUCUUAAAAAAGGUAUCAGAAGCCAUGCAACGCGACUAUGACCAACACGUCCACGACUUGUUUGCGCCCACGUUACUGCGCAUGUUUGCCAGAACCAACAAGGUGAUGCUCACCCGCGCUGUCGAGUGCUACAAGACAAUUAUCGAUCACGCCAAGUUGCCACGGAUGAUCCCUAAAUUAUCGACACUCUUGAAAUCGCAAAAGGAGACGAGCAAAUCUGUUCGACAGUGCGUUGCCGCCUGUCUCGACAAACUGGUUGAAACUAACACAAAGGAAGAUAUCGCACCGCAUCAAACUCUGAUUGAAGACGCAAUCCGUAUGACUGCCAUGGAUUCAGCGCCAGACGUGCGUUUAGCUAUUCGAUGUUGCUACAAGACCUAUAGCAUAAAGUUCCCUGAAUCUGCUUCAAAGUUUGAAGAAAAGUUACCCGCCGAUAUCAAGAAAUACCUGACCGUGACCGAAAGAAGGCCAACAUCCAAACUCUUAUCCAGAACAUCCUCAGCCUCGUCCUUUUCCUCUACUACUUCCUCAACAUCCGCUACAAAGAACGCACCAGCAUCUCUGACGACAUCUCACGCUGUGGGACGUGUCGUUAAACACGCUGGUACGCGACUGCCGCGACCUAAGAGCAGAAACAGUGCACCACAAUUAUCCACAGCCAAAUUACCGAUCCCACAGCGUCCACGAACAUCCAUGUCUGCAUCGCUUUCAGCAAGAGGAUCCAAAAUACCCAACGCAAAGAGACCAGCUACCCCCACCGCCAGCAAAGCUACGUCAUCGUCUGUCUUAAUAUCCAAACCUGCAGCAAAAGAUGCAUCCACAACAGCAACAGCAGCAACAGCAGCAUCGUCAUCCUCAAAAAAUAGUAGCACAUUAUCUAAAUUAACGCGAGCCACUGCAUCGAGCUCAUUGAAAUUCACACCAAAGACCAACGCUCGAACAUCAGCAACGAUGCAGAAAAUGUUUAUGUUGCGCGGAAUGACGCCUGUUCGACCGAUUAAGCGGCCCUCUAGUAGUGUCUCUUCUACUACACGUAACAGUGGCCAGGAAAAUAGACGUCCCGCAAAAAAGCAAAAUGUGGAAAAUGCGACUCAAUAA